AUUGUCGUCGUUAUAAAUAUGGUACGAACAAACGGAUAUUAUACAUGACAAAUAAUUGUUGAUCCGUAUUUUAGCUGCUGAUGUCUGUAUCGUGGAGAAAUCCGAGUCGUAAUAUUUACUACUGUUCAAAGUGUUCAUAUCGUAAUGAUACUAUUAYAUUGAUAGUGGCCGUGUUAUCGAAACGUCGUCGGAUGAUAAUAAUAAUAUUAUUCCUGACCCAUCACUGAUGGUUUUCAAAAUGAAYGAACGCUAAUUUCGCACUCUUGCCGUCGACGAUCUCGCAUGUGUUUAUUGCUCGUUCAGGUGAUGGAGUAGUGUUGAUGGACGAUGUCGUCGAAAGUACCGGCGGGCCCCCGUGAAGUCACGAUAACGAAGAGCGUCACCGGCUUCGGAUUUAACGUUCGCGGUCAGGUUAGCGAGGGCGGUCAACUUAAGAGCAUAAAUGGUCAACUCUACGCUCCUUUGCAGCACGUCAGUGCCGUGCUCGAAGGAGGGGCGGCCUACGACGCGGGGAUUCGAAAAGGAGACAGGAUCCUCGAAGUGAACAAUGUGAACGUCGAAGGAUCAACACACAAACAAGUCGUAGACYUGAUCAAAUCGGGCGGUGAUGUGUUGACGCUGACUGUAAUUUCUGUUACACCUCA